UAACCAAACCACUAAUCCAAUUUAAUUCUAAGUCAUCAUUCCCUAACCCAAGGGCUUCCAUUCUUUACUUUAUUCAAUUCAACUUUAGGCAAACGCAGAAUGAAAAUACUGCACAAUAUCAUGAAUUGAAGCCAUUAUGUGCUUAUAAUCGUUUUACCCAAACAUCUGGCAAUUCGCAUACAUAUAUUCGUGUUCUAUGAUUGCAGGUUGUGAAAGCCAUUGAAGGUCUAAUCCCAAAGCUGAAUGAGGAGGAGGAGAAGGAUGGUGAUCCCAGAAUGGAUGAAUUUCAGAGCAUGGAGAAGCAAAUGAAAGCAAUAGAGAAGAAAGCAGAAUCAAUGGCAAGAAGGGAGCUUCGGGCAGGGUUGGGCUACCUGGUGAUUCAGACAGCAUUGUUCCUGAGGUUGACAUUCUGGGAGCUGACAUGGGAUGUAAUGGAACCCAUUUGCUUCUUUGUCACCUCUGGCUACGCCAUGGCUGCUUAUGCUUUCUUCUUAAGAACCUCCAAAGAACCAUCUUUUGAAGCCUUCUUCCAAGCCCGCAUUGGCGCGAAAAAGAAACGAUUGAUCCAGCUUCAGGGUUUCGACACCCACAAGUAUCAUCAGCUCAAAAAGAUUUGUGAUCCCUCUUCUUAAUUCCCUGUGAUGGUACGAUAAUAACAUAAUAACUUCACACAAAAGCUUUUCCAGAUUCUUCUUUUCCUCCUCCUGCAGUCUUUGGCUCCAUUUGUCGAACAAAGUUUACAUUUUGGCUGGUGCAGCGGCUCUGUAUGUAUAUUAUUGAUGAAGAGAUUGAAUGAAUGUGCAAUGACUUU